AUGGACGUGUUACCAGUGGUGUUCGCACUGUUCGAUUCGCUUCUUUUGCUUUUUAUGGACUUCUUGGCUCGUUCGAUCCUGAUUUCCGAGUGGAAACAAAUAAUUGUUGGUAUCUACCCUGCAGAAACUUCAUCGAAGACACGGAAGGCUCGACUCACCGGUAAAUUGGUACAAUACCUGAACGGAAAUGCUGCUGGUCAAAUGAUUGAUCGAAUGUUGUAUCAACCAUCCGGGAGACACUAA